UUGCAAGAGGAUUCUGAGAGAAUAUAGUGGUUUAUUAGUGCUUUAGUUAUUCAAUUAAAUGCAAUGGAUGAUGCAGCAUUUAAUGAAGAUUUGAUGUUGAAUGCGAAAACCCCAAGGAUAUCCGGUCGGGAGGGUAAGGAAAACCAUGACAGACCACUGAGAUCAGAUCCUGAGUUCAUGGGAUUUGAUAAAAAUGCUGGGAGCAACUAUGUUUACCCAAAUAGCACGGACAAAUACCCAUUUCGGGAGUAUCAGUAUAAAAUAUGUAAGGAGGCAUUUUUCCAAAAUACCCUCGUUGUACUGCCGGAUGGACUGGGAAAGUCAUUUAUAGCUUCGGUCGUAAUGUACAACAUUUAUCGGUGGUAUCCAAUGAGCAAGGUAAUUUUCCUGAGCGCCAGUAAAUCCAUACUGAAGGGACAAAUGGAAGCGUGUUGGAAUAUAAUGAACAUCCCAAAGGGAGAUUGCGUGGAAAUCACAGGCAAGAGUCCAUCGGCACGAGUCGACAUUUGGAAGAAAUAUCGAGUGAUAUUUGGCACACCACGGCAAAUAUUGUCGGAUUUCAGAGAAGUGAACAGUCUCCCAUUCUUACGGAUAAAACUCCUUGUGAUUACGGAGGCCCACAAGGCGCGCGGAAGCAAUAAUCCCUUUGCACACAUUAUUGACAUAUUACAUGGGCAAAAUGAAUAUUUUCGCAUAUUGGCCCAUACGUCCGUCAUUGGCAAAAAAACCAGUGAAAUUGCUGAGGUUGUGAGACAUUUACGGAUAUCCCAUGUGGAAAUUCGACAAGAAAACUCCCCAGAUAUUGUAGAGUAUGUCAGGAAAAAUACUAUUAAACCCCUGGAGGUGGAGAUGAAUGAGGAAUUCCGAACAAUCAAGGAUGAAUUUCUCACUUCCAUAGAUCCUUUUCUGAGAACUCUUUUGGCCAAUGUUAAUGUACCCGGAACACUAUCCAAGUCGAGGCUCAUAACGGCCAAGAAGAAGUUCACAGAAGCAUCCAUGACUGAGAAACAUACAAAUUAUGCACAUGUUAUCAGUACAUUCGAUAUCUGCAUUGAUUUGUACCAUGCAGUCGAGCUUUUGGAUGACUAUGGCAUCGUAAGCUUUAUGAAUUAUCUUGAGAGUGAAGUUCUGAUGGAGGGCCCGAAGGCAGGUGAUGAAAAGCUGAGAGAAUUCAUCGAGAAGCUCAAGGGAACUUUUCAAAGAUGCUUAUUGCUCAGUGAGACAGAGAAUGGUGAGAUGGAUGAUGAAUUGCAUGAUAACAUCGUUUCUGGCCAUCCUAAGAUAGCAGUGAUGGAAAGAGUUAUAUUGGAACAUUUUCAGAAAAAUGUGGAGUCACGCCUCAUAAUAUUUAGCAAUUGUCCAAAAACUUCAUCGCUGAUACAUCAGUGUCUGCGACAAAAGUGUCCUCAAAUGCGAUGUAUUGUGUUUAGGGGAGGACAUGAGAUGAGUGAGAACGAACGAAAUUGCACAAGAUUGAAAUUUAUCCGUGGCACCAUAAACACCAUCAUAACAUCCCAAAUACCAGACGAGGGUGUUGUGAAUGAAGUGGAUUUAAUAAUUUGCUAUGACACAAAUGGGCGGCAUCUUAAGCAAUUCAUAAGGAGUCGAGUGUCAUCGUGUGGUGGUGGCAAAAAAUGCGAUAUUUUUGUGGUGGCACAUGAGGGGGCUGAUAUGGUGGCGCAUAGUGAGUUGUGGCGGCGUGAAAAGGGGGAUUUAGGUGGUGGUGGACAACAGGAUAUCAAUAGGAAUCCCAUAAUUUUAGCUGCUCUGUCCGAUCAAUCACCCAGAUUAGUACCUGUUGAGUAUAAUCCUGUGAAUUUAACACCGUCGCUCCUGAUGAGGUCAAGGGUUGAGCGACCGAGGGGAACAACUCGCAAUAUUGCCGAUUACUUUAAAAAUGUGCCACAGAAAACACAGUGUGAUCCGGGUAUGUUUGCCAAUUCACCACCAUCACCAUUGCCGGCAUCCAGAUCAACAACGGCACCGGCUCUCAUAACAUUACCGACGCGGACAAUUAUUGAGCGUGUAGAGGGAAUUAGGAUGGGAAAAUUGGGAAAUUUGGGAAGAGAUGAAAAUCUGGAAAAUAUCAUCAAGGGUAGUCAUUUGGCGGCCAAAACGCAGGAAUUUCUCCGGGAGAUGCUGGGUUGGAGGAAAGUUUGUGAUGGUCAGGGGAAAUUUUUUGAAUUCCUCAAGAGGAAUGCAAUGACCGUGGUGGCAUCCAGUCAGCAGCAUCAACUCAAUUAUUUUGCCUUAAUUGUGGGGAAUGUGACGAAAAAACUAAAUGGCUAUGCAACGGUGGAUGAAAUUGGGGGGAAGAGUAGUGAAGAGGUGGUUGAAGUGGAUGAGGAGGAGACAUUCUUUGACAUAUCCGAUCUAAAUGUGGGCUUCAUUGGCCCAGAGGAAGAGGAAGAGGAGCAGGAUGAUGAUGAUGGUGACCUGACGCGAAAAUCAAUUUGUGGUGAGACAACUUUGUCAUUUUACCUAAUAUCAUCGUUAGAGGGAUUGUUUGAAAGUGAUGCGAGUGGAUGGUACGUGUUCGAAAUGGGAAUGUGUGACAGAUACGACAUUGGGGAUGAUAAGAUGAGUGAGGGAUGUGGAAUUGCCAGAAAUACAUCAGGCACCGGUAGUGUUAUGGGUGGAAAUGUGUCAGAUGGUGAGGAAGAAGAGGUUAUACCAAGUUCUCAGGACAAUAUACCGUUUAGUCGUCAGCAGAGAGUUGGUACGAGGUGUCGCAGGAGGGAUACUGUUGUGGAUGUGCCCAAAAAUGAUGGUCACAGUGGUGAAGAUGUAGAAUGUAAUCCGGGAUUACAAUUGGGCUCAAUUUCAUCCACUGACACUGACAAUAAAUUCAAUUUUGGCACAAUUGAUGAUAUAUUUGGAAAUGAUGGGAGCAUUUUUGAGCGAGAUCUCUUGAGUAAUACACAUCCGUUGAAAUGCCCCCCCAUACCAUCAUCACCAACGCGUCACGACGAUGAUGAUGAAUAUCCCAGGUUGGAGUUCACUUCACCGUCAGUACUGAGUGGAAGACGGGUGAAUUUCACUCAAUUGAAACACUCCAAUAACAAUGCAAAUGAUUUGGCACAGGAGACACACACCACAUGCAUCAAUCCCAUAAGCCCGUGCAGAGAAACUGCUGUAGAGGAGGGUGGCAAUAGUAGUGGAAGAAGGAGUAGUAGAGAAUUUUUCGCCACAUGCCACGAUGGUGACGGUGAUGGUUUGGUAGAUACGCAGCGUGACGAAGUGUUUGGCACUUGUGAUGCUUUAAAUUCAAGAGACGUGGUGGCUGUUGGGAAGAAAUCAAAGGGUACCCAAAGACGCCGCCUUCGUUCAAACUUUAUCCAAUUCGAAGCUGCUGCUGGCUCAGAUGAUGAUGACGAUGGGGAGGAUGAGACGGAAGAUGCCAAUCUGUUGGAUUCCAUUGUUGUGGAGUCAUCAGAUGAUGAGCAGAUAGAGCAACUAAAUAGGGUCAACGAUAUGCAGGCCAUGUACCUUCAGUCUGUGCGAAGUCCAAUUGCUGCUGGUGCCUUCCGGAUACCCAAUCCGGCUAGAUAUAGAAGUAUUGAGGAUGUCUUUUCGCAAACACAGCCUCCGGAGGUGUCGGAGUACAUGAACGACAGCUUUGUGGUGGAUGAGGCGGAUGAGUCUGACAGUGAUUUGUCGAUUUUGGGCGAGGCUGAGGCAAUAUUGCGAGCACGCAAGAGGCCAAAGGGGAUCAAGGGUUGGGGACAAAGGGCAAAGAAGUCACGAAUUGUCGCACCCAUUGACGACAGUUCAGAAGAUGACGACCUGCAUGAAUUACGCCGAGAAGCUGGGGACUUUAUCAAAGUGCUGAAUUGGGGAUUAUUCAAGGAUAAAAACACUUCAUUUUGAUGAAAGUUUUUCAAGCAGGAGCAGGACAGGAAUUGGUUGUAGCGUCAUAAUUUUGAGCACUUCGCCGAGGCUAAUACCUUCAACUCAUGUAGACUAUUUUAUCACAUUGGAUGCUUAUCUGAAGGCAGAGUGCUGAAAGGGGUGAAAAUUGUGGGGCAAAAAUAGAUGGGGAGAAAACUAAAAAGAAAUUGUGGCCUCUGUAUACGCAUAUCAAAAAGGGGAUCACCGAGGGGUAGAACUUAUAUCCAGUGGGUGGCACUUUAUGUCUGUGAAUGACACCCCAAAAUGCAAUGCUAAAUCUCUUCUUCCUAGCCCUCUUGUGGCUCCAAAACUUCUUAUUCCACUUUUAACAAAUAUACUAAGUGCACAGUUGAUGUUAAACAUAAAUUUGUCAUUUUUCACUGAAGAUUUUCCUUUUAUGGGAUUUUUUUCUCGUUUUUUUUCUUAUUCUUCUAAUAAUUUGUAUGUUGAUCCAUCCGUUUUCUUUUGUGCUAUCUUGUCCGGGAAAAUUUCACCCCCGUGAAAGAAGAAUUUAUUAGUGAGUUAUAAUCCAAUUUAUCCUCAGUUUUUUUCUAUGUUUCUUUUAUCGCUUCAUGAUAUCAAUCCCUUUGGGGAUGGUUGUAUACACUAAAGGAACAAUUUAGAUAUACAAGUUACAUUUAAAUACACAAGAUAAUUAGAAUCGGAUGAAUUUGUCCUCGUGUUGUACAAGUGAUUGGAAUUUUUAUCGACUGUAUGAUGAUUAAUUGUAUUGUCGAUAGAAAAAAAAAUCACUGAUUGAGAUUGUUGUCUGUUUUGCUAUGGUAUAUUUCCAUGGAAAACUUAUAACUAUUUUACACUUGAAAAAAUUCUAUCCUUGUUAAUCUUUCCUCUUCACAAGAAUUCAAUCUCAAAGUUAUCCGUUUCACUUUUCUCGCUACUUGAACUCUCUUCGAGGAAGUCUCUUUGGUCUUCACAUUACCACUAAUCUGGAUGUACUCUGAGGAUACAUUCAAACACUUUCUUAACUUGUUUCACAAUUUUAGCGGGAAAAGCUUCGUCGCACAUUACACCAUUUGUCUUGGGCAUAAAUUUCCAACUGAGACAGCACAAGAACAGACUUGGAGACUGCGUGACCCAUACGAAACUACUCGACUUUUUCGGGUGCAAAGAAUGCGGCAGUAUAGUGAUUGAGAUGCCAAGGGUUAAAAGCGUGCUAUCACAACCCCAUCGCGGUGGUAACUGCCGCCAAAAACGAGUCGUCUGGGUCAACGCAUGCGCUUGUGCAGAAAUUAGUCUAUUGUCGCCUUCUGUGCCAUUAUCGUUGUAUCCGUUCAAUUCCCCAGUGCCUUUGGAUUUUCCUAGCAUCC